GAAAAAUAAAACACGUAAUCGAGGUUUCUAGAAAGUUUCGGUUUGAUGGACCUGGUAUAUAAGAGCUUGUUUGUCCCGAUGUAAAACACUUUGUGACGUAUAGUAAAUCACAGUUUUAGCACUCAAGACACUUAUACAAUGGAAAUGGAGAUAAGCUUUGACAAUGCUAUAAAGAGCUACAAAGAUGACUUUGUGAGAUUCAGUGUCGGUAACCGUAAAGAACAGGUUACGCAUCACGAAGUAAGAAACCUGAAAUUAGAAGUAAAUAAUGUCGAUUGGAAAGAAAUCAGAAACCUUACGGAGAAAGGUGAAUCUACACAGGUGCACAUUAAAGGACAACAGAAAAAUCUCUAUGGACAAGUUACAUCUGAACAUGACCUAGACACACUCAAGAGUGUCGUCAUUAAGGAGGGUGUUCUCAAAGGGCUUGAAAACAUAGAGGUUACAAUGGAGCUUCCACUACCUGAAGAUGUACAGAAAUUUCUUGGACAGACUGUGACCAUCGACCCGAGAAAGCAGGAAAACAAAUUGGAAAACAAAACGAAAGUUACCUUGACAAGUGGGACUGAGCAUGUUAGCAAUGCACACGGCGCCACAGCUCAAAUAAUUACAAGUGUACGGAAGUACGAAGGGGAGUUUUCAUGUGAAGUCUAUCCAAGUGGAAACGUAUUGCUUUUUGACGGUGACAGAGCUCGCUCUAGUCCAGAGUUAAAGGAAGUUAUAGCAAAAUGUCCUACCGGCUUCAAGACUAACGGGAGUGACUUUUACUGGAUAAUGAAAGGAAAAGUUAAUUUUACCUGGGAGGUUGAUCAUGGUCAUGACUGGAAACAUAAUGAAGGGAAAAUGUAAAUGUGUCGAUUUCUACAAGAGGUGUGGUUUUACAUUUGUGCCGCAACAUUUUCUAUAGAUUUUUUAAAAUAUAUUUAUUACAGAAUCAAAAAAAAUUAUUCAAAACAUGUUUUUGUCUAUUAAUUUUGUUAUAUAUGAAAAUUAAGUUCAAUUUCGAAUGUGAAGAUUUCUACAAGAGGUAUCGUAUAACACUUGUGCAACAUCCUCUUUAUGUUUUUAUAGAUUAUAUUUUUAUUUUUUUACUUUUCCAAACAUGUUUCUGUCUGUUAAAUUUUGUUGUAUAUAAAGAUUAAGUUCAGUUUCGAAUGUGUAUAUUUCUACGAGUUUAACACUUGUGUAACAUCAUCUUUAAGGUUUUAUACGCUUUUAUUUUUUACUUUUCCAAAGCAUAUUUUUGGCUGUUAAUUCUGUUGUAUGUGAAAAUAAAGUUCAAUUUCGAAUGUAUAGAUUUCUGCAAGAGGUGUAGUUGUGACACUUCAUACUAUUUUGUAGUUUUUUACUUUUUUAUUUUUCUAAACAUGCUUUUGGCUGUCAAUUUGUUCUAUAUCAAUUUUGACUGUAAUUUAAAACAUAUUUUUGGCUGUUAAUUCUGUUGUAUGUGAAAAUUUAGUUCAAUUUCUAAUGUACAGAUUUAUACAAGAUGUGUAGUUGUGCCACAUUCUAUUUUAUAUAUUUUAAAAAAAUUUCUAAACACGUUUUUGGCUGUUAAUUUUGUUGUAUAUCAAAAUAAAGUUCGCUUUUGACUCUAAGUUAAAAUGAAGUUUAAUUAAUAAAAUCUAACUUUAAAAUAUCA